UACUCUCUCCUCCACACACAUAUCUUUCUCUUGUUCUACCCCACACAGCACAGCACACACACAGAGUCCAAGUUUUUUUUUUUUAUUAUUUAUUGAAGAACUCACACCCUCGUUUCCUUUUCUUUAACCAUCAAACGCUUCUUACACUGUUUACGGUGUCGUCGUUCUAUGAAGUGACAACGUACUCUUUUGCAUUGAACCCUUUGGACAAACAUUCGGAGCAUUACAAGAGUUAGGGAAACUUGUCGUUUGAAUCACUAUACACACGACAAGAGCAAUCCAGAACGUUAUUAAAGAUUAACAGAAAUUAGGGUUUCCUUGAACGAGUUAUUCUCUCUCUAUUUUGCAAAAGCACAAGGCAAACCCACAAGUUUAUACCAACUUUCGUAUUCCCAUAUUUACAAAGAACGGCGAACGUACUGCAUUCCGCCAAGUUGACAGUUUUCCGGUGCAUUCUUCUCCCCGUUAUCCACCGCACAAACCCGAAUGCUACAGUGCCCGCCAGACGCCCUAGGGCGGGCAGCAUCUCCCUUUAUCGAAACCCUUUUCGGAGAAUGUGCCUACACAGACCGUGAGGUCGCUUCCGUUCUCUUUGGAUACCUGUCCAUUGGAUUCUGGUUAUGUGCGCAAAUGCCCCAAUUGUACAAGAAUUGGGCGCAUGGGGAUGCUAGUUCGUUGAGUGCAACGUUUUUGGCGAAUUGGCUUGCUGGGGAUGUGGCCAAUGUGGUGGGGUGUGUCUUGACGGGGCAAUUACCGUUUCAGACGUAUCUGGCGUCGUAUUUUGUGUUUAUAGAUACCUUGCUCAUGGUGCAGUAUCUGUUUUAUACCAAAUGGCGCUCUUUCCGUCGCAAGAGAAGAAGAACAUUUGAUCACCCUUCGGUCGCUGUGACUCGUGCUGUUCACCAACCCACCGAAGACACGCCUCUUCUUGCCAGCCCAAGUCUCAGCCGCCGGAACUCACCACUAUUUGCCGUCAUGUUCAUGGCACUCUCCACAUUUGCGACUCCAUCACUACAAACGCAUGACAAGACAAUGGCCAAAAUACUCAGCGACCCGCUAUCAGAGACUGAGCAGACGCAUACGAUUGGUCUCUUAAUGGCGUGGACCUGUACGUUUCUCUACCUCUCGAGCCGUCUUCCGCAACUCUAUCACAACAUGUGCCGUGGAUCCACCUACGGAUUAAGCAUAUCCAUGUUCUUUUGUGCCGCUAUGGGGAAUCUGACAUAUGUCGCAUCCAUUUUACUGAGAUCGACUGAACCAGAGUUUUUGAAGGGUGCUUUGCCGUAUUUAUUGGGGAGUGGUGGAACAUUGUUCUUCGAUUUCCUAAUUUUUGGGCAGUGGGUUUUUCUUGGGUCGAGUGAGGAGCGGGUUGUUGUUCACGAUGAGUUUGAAGAGUUUAAAGUGGAGGAUGCCGUGUAAUGAUUGGAUGUUGUGAUUUGGUCAUGGUGUGGCAUUCUUUGGCUAUCAUGGACAAUGUUUUGUUUUUUCUUCGGUUUAGAGACUUGAGGAGGAAAGAGGGAGGUUUGUCCCUUUUCUGGGGUAUCUUUACACAAGUGUAUAUAGGUUUUAUUAUACCAUUUGAGCAUCGGUACUAAUAAAUAGUAUGUUACUAUCGAAAAAA